AUGGCACAUGGUAUAGCAGAUGAAGAUCCUACAAAAAAAGAAAUUAUCGAUCCACCCGAAAUUCUUGGUCAGAAACUUGAGCAAUUGGCCGUUGGAUUCGUAAUGCUAAACAUUUUAUCGUCUUCACUAGUGCGGGUAUAUCGACAUCCACAGAGUGAUAUUCCUGAUUUUCGAUCCAGUAUGAAUACUAUUCUUCCAACGGGACCAGGUGUAUGGGAACUUCGUGAUCAUUCAGGUGCCAAACGUUCUCCAACGACUUUUACAGUUACUUUAACAAAAGCAAUUCCAUCGGUCACACAUAUGGCAUUUGUCGAAUUAACUCGUCAGAAUCUUCUUCAUUUUAUCGUUUCUCAAAACAUCGACGGUCUUCAUCUAAGAUCUGGUUUGCCUUCGCCCCUAAUAGCCGAGUUACAUGGUAAUUCAAAUUUGGAAAUAUGUAAAAAAUGUCAGACAAAAUAUUUGCGUGAUUUUCGAACACGAACGGCCGCCAAAGCUCAUGAUCAUCAAACAACUCGUAAAUAUGCUAAAUGCCGUUCGACAUUGUACGAUUCGAUUAUUAACUUUGGUGAGAAUCUUCCCAGACAAGAACUCGAAGCAAGCUUUGAACAUGCACGAAAAGCUGAUAUGUGUCUCGUUUUGUGCUCUUCAUUACGAGUUACACUAGCAGCAGAUAUUCCUCAACUAGUCGGUAAACGUGGUGGCAAAUUAAUCAUUGGCAACUUACAAUUGACUCUAUUGGCUCAGUUGGCCAAACUCAAUAUACAUGCUUUAUGCGACGAUAUUAUGCAAGGAUUGAUGGCUAAAUUAAACAUUCCUAUACCUACAUGGAAACUCCAUCGACGAAUACGUAUUACAAUUAAAAAACAAAUAAUUAAGAUCAUGGGUCUCGAUCCUGCUCAAGAUAUUCCCUAUACACUUUUUUCAAGAGUGAGAAUACUAGUUCGACAAGGUACUGUAUCCAAAUACGAAUCUCAACGGCUCACAGGUCAAGAAUUCAUCGAACAUAGAAUACCGAUGAAUGAUAAUACUGGUAAAAUGGAUGUUUAUAUUGAAUUGCAUUGGCAAGGUCAUUAUAAUGAAUCGAUGUACACGAUUCGAAUGCGAUUGACAGAUUCGGCAAAAGAUGUACAUCUAUUCUACAACCCAAAACGUGGUGUUUGA